GCCAGAAUUGUCUUGCUGGAUUGAUUUGCUGUAUUGAACUCCAUCAUCAUCUGAUGUGAUGCCAGAUAAUAGCUCGGCUCCUUUGCUACCAAGCUCUCACAUUACUAUAGCAUUUUUAAUGAGUUUAGUUGCUCUUGCUAUAAUGCUAGGAAACGCCUUGGUCAUUAUAGCUUUUGUGGUGGACAAGAAACUUAGGCACCGAAGUAAUUAUUUUUUCCUUAACCUGGCCUUAUCUGACUUCUUUGUGGGUAUGAUCUCCAUUCCUUUGUACAUUCCUCACUCACUCUUUGAUUGGGACUUUGGAAGCAGAAUCUGUGUCUUCUGGCUUAUUGUUGACUACCUUUUGUGUACAACAUCUGUGUAUAACAUUGUACUCAUCAGCUAUGAUCGAUACCAAUCAGUCUCAAAUGCUGUAUCUUACAGAACUCAACACACUGGACUUUUGAAGAUAAUGUCUAUGAUGGUGGGUGUCUGGGUAUUGGCCUUCUUAGUGCAUGGGCCAUUAAUUUUAGUUUCUGAAUCUUGGAAGAAUGGGACAGAGUACUGUGAACCCGGAUUCCUUUCAGAAUGGUAUAUCCUCACCAUCACGUCGUUCUUGGAAUUCUUAGUCCCAGUUUUCUCAGUGGCUUACUUCAACAUAUAUAUUUAUUGGCGUCUAUGGAAACGUGGCAAUCUCAAUAGGGUGCAAAGCCACCUCAGUCUCUCGUUAGCCUCCACCAGUAACCAUGGACACUCAUUUAGGAUUAUAAGAUCGGCUGCUACUGAAGCAAAGGAAGCAACACCAUCCCCUUAUUCUGUGAGACAGGGAAAAAAGAACAAUAUCUGGUUUUCCUUCAGAAGCCACAUGAAGCCACAUGCUUCCAAAAUGACUUCCCUUUACCAUUCAGAUUCUGUGGCUUUUCAGCAGAGGGUACACCUGGAACUUCUCAGAGCCAAGAAACUGGCCAAGUCACUGGCCAUUCUCUUAGGUGUUUUUACUGUCUGUUGGGCUCCCUAUUCUCUGUUUACAAUUGUCUAUUCAACUUACCACCCAUAUCAGCAUCCUAAAACAGUUUGGUAUGAAAUCACAUAUUGGCUUCAGUGGUUCAAUUCCCUUGUUAAUCCUUUUUUGUAUCCAUUGUGUCACAAGCAUUUUCAGAGGGCAUUCUUGAAAAUAUUCUGUGUGAAAAAGCAAACUGGACCAUCACACAAUCGGUCACUGUCCUCUUAAACAUAAUUUUCUUGUUCUAAAAAGUUUUAAUAUUACUCUCAUCUAAAUGAUUGUGAUCUUGUUUUCAUCUUGACCUUCUUACUAUGCUGUAUAUAACAUUGUAAUACUUAAAAACAAAACAAACAGAAACCUGAACAUCAAUGGAAAAUCAUUCUGGUGAAUAAUAAUGACAUACAUGGACAAUAAUAGUUUUGGCAAAGUCAUGACCACAAGAGCACUGUAAUUUUCUUAGUCAUCAACUUUUCCCUAUCAUUUAGAUCUUGAUGUAACGCUGAUUGUCAAUAAUUUUUCUGUGUUCGGUGUCACUUCUUUUUUUAUAACUUCUUUUUUUUAUUUUAUAGUGAUGAAAAUUUGUCAAGUUUUAAAAUCACUCCCUAAAAUAUACAGAAGAAAAAGAGCCAUGGUGCCCUCCUCUUUGGAGACAGAGUGAUGAACCAAAAUUUGUGAUAAUCACAUGGAGUUCAGUUGAUAGGACCAAGG